AUGCAUAUGCUUCAUGGAAGCCCCCUCACGCGACUCGACCCGCGCCGACUGGCCCGGAGAGGGUAUGCAGUAGAUCUUGUUGCCCUGGACAAGAAAUGGCGCCAGGUCUGGGACCAAGAUCCUACGAAUGGCGAACCUCAUGCCGCUGCUUUGUCGGAGAACCAAAAGCACAGCUACAUCUUGCCCAUGUUCCCGUAUCCCAGCGGCACCCUGCAUCUUGGCCACCUCCGGGUGUACACCAUUGCCGAUGUGAUUGCCCGAUAUCACACCCUCAAAGGCGACAAGGUUCUGCUGCCAAUGGGCUGGGAUGCCUUUGGCCUGCCCGCUGAGAAUGCCGCUCUAGAGAGGGGCGUUCCGCCUGAUGGCUGGACCAAAAGCAACAUUACCAAAAUGAAGAGCCAACUUGACGUGAUGAAUGGCAGCUGGGACUGGUCGCGGGAAUUGACAACUUGCGACCCGGAUUUCUACAAGCACACGCAAAAGCUGUUCUUGAUGCUUCACGAACGCGGGUUGGCAUAUCAGGCUGAAGCUGAGGUCAACUAUGACCCGGUGGACAAGACAGUACUGGCAAACGAACAGGUAGAUGCAAACGGAUUCUCGUGGAGAUCAGGCGCCAAGGUCGAAAAACGGAAAUUGAAGCAAUGGUUCUUUCGUAUAUCUGAGUUCAGCGAGGAGCUCCUGAAAGAGCUCGAUAGCUUGGCCAAAGACGGUGCUUGGCCCGAUCAUGUUAUUUCUCAGCAGAGGAACUGGCUGGGAAAGUCGACCGGUGCUUUGGUCAAGUUUCCCCUCUUGGCUCUCGGUAGGGCCAAGAUUGACACCGCCCUCGAGGUGUUUACGACCCGGCCCGACACGUUAUUCGGGGUUCAGUAUCUUGCCCUCGCCUCCAAUCAUCCCGUGGUGGCCCAGCUAGCAAAACAUGAUCCGGAGCUGCAAGCGUUUCUCGACACCCUCCCUGGACUGCCUCCGGACUCCAAAGUCGGAUAUCUGUUACCUCACAUUCGGGGCAUCAACCCUCUAGCCUUCCAUGAGAACACGCCAGACGCCACCAAGGAGUCGUUGCCCAUCUAUGUGGCCUCCUAUGUGUUGGGUGACUAUGGCGAAGGGGCAGUCAUGGGCGUGCCUGGCCACGAUACCCGAGAUCACGCAUUUUGGCGAGAGCACAACGUCGACCAACCCAUUCGAAUGGUGUUGGCCGCAUCUGAGGACGAGUCUACCACAGUGUUGGAGAAUGAACCAUUCAUUGAGCAUGGUUACAUGACAGAGCACAGUGGCAUCUACCAGGGCAAGCACUCCAAGGAAGCGGGCGAUAUGAUGGUCCGUAUGCUCGAAGGCGCGGAGCUCGCCAAGCCUACCACGAAAUGGCGAUUGAGAGAUUGGCUCAUCAGUCGCCAGCGGUACUGGGGCGCUCCCAUACCCAUCAUCCACUGCGAUUCCUGCGGCACUGUCCCCGUACCAGACGAGCAGCUGCCCGUUCUGCUCCCCGAGGUGGACAACCACUGGGCGCAAGGUAAGGCGGGCAAUGCGCUGGAAUCAGCUCCCGACUUUGUCGAGACUGAGUGCCCCAAAUGUAGCGGCCCGGCUCGGAGAGACACCGAUACCAUGGACACUUUUGUCGAUUCAAGUUGGUAUUACGCUCGGUUUGCCGAUCCCCAAAACCCGGACCAGCUCUUCUCGCCCGAGGCUGCCAAAGCUCUGCCCGUGGACAUCUAUAUUGGAGGCGUUGAGCAUGCCAUUCUUCACUUGCUAUAUUCCCGCUUCAUCUUCAAGUUCCUAGCCACUACGUCACUACUUCCUCACUACUCUGAAGCAGAUGCCCCAUCUGCCGAGCCAUUCAAGCGUCUGAUUACCCAGGGCAUGGUCCAUGGCAGGACUUACAUCGAUCCCGAGUCGGGCAAGUUCCUCAAGCCUAAUGAGGUAGACCUAGCAGAUCCGUUGAAUCCCAUCGUCGUGGCCACAGGAGCCCCUGCCACAGUGGCCUUUGAGAAGAUGUCCAAGUCGAAGCAUAACGGAGUUGACCCCACCGAUUUCACAUCCAAAUACGGCGUUGAUCCAACCCGGGCGCACAUGCUCUUCCAGGCGCCCGUCGCAGAUGUCCUCAACUGGGACGAAUCCAAGAUUACCGGCGUCACUCGUUGGUUGCAGAAACUCCACGAUCAGGUGGUCGCGCUGGCCAAGUCGCCGGAGGAGGCCCUGUCAGCAAAGGAAUACUUUGCUACACGAGGCUCGCCCCCGAGCAACGACAAGGAGAAGCUGUCAAAGUGGGAUUCCGAGACGGCGCUCUGGCGCGAGACGCAGAACAAGAUUGAAUCCAUCACGCGGGGCUACGAAAAGAUUUAUGCGCUCAACACGGUCGUGUCGGAUCUCAUGACGCUCACCAACGAGCUUGUUCAGCAUAAGCAAGCGGACCAAGGCAUCAGGAGGCAGACGGCAGACGCCAUUGUCCGCCUCAUGGCACCCAUCACGCCCGCCUUUGCGGAGGAAUGCUGGAGCCUUCUCCACCCGUCCGAGGGCUCCAUCUUCAAGACGGCCGGCUUCCCCGUGCAAGAUGGCAGCUUGCCGAUGCUGCAGGCGGUGCAUAUCAAGUGCGCUGUGCAGAUCAACGGCAAGCUGCGCGCUACGGUGACGAUCCCGCGCCCGCCCAGCGACUUGCAGGGCGAUGCGCUGCGCGACUGGCUGGUGGAUGCGAUUCUGGAGACGGAGGACGGAAGGAGUCGGUUUGGUGAAGGGAAAUACAAUGUGCGGUCGGCCAGGAGGACGAUCCCAGUGGACGGGGGAAAAGUUAUCAACUUUGUAAUAUAG